AUUGCUGGGCGUCGAAGACGGCGACGACGACGAAUACGAGGGCAAGACAGUCGAUUUGGGCUUCGCGGACGAUAUCCUUGACGGAUAUGAUGACUACAUGACGUCGCGUUCCGACACUGCGCGCUGAGCUUUGGCCGUCGCGCGCGUGUGGCACCGCGUUCGGUGAGGCUGACUGGCCCGAGUAGCCAUUGAGGCUAGCUAUCCUAACCCCGAGCGGGUCGCCGAACUUGGGUUCACCGAUACUCGUGACCGGGCGAUAUGGCGAGCGCGCACGCAAUGAACAAUGGUCGGCGAUAAAGAUCCCUCUCAAGAGCGAACCCCGUGAUGCUUCUCCCUCUCAUCUACUGGGUGGUCUCCUUCGUCGUUCCUGCCAGUUUCGUCAACCAGCUCGGUCUAUCGACGUCGAAUACGAUGGCACCCACUCCCCCGACUAACAUCCUCGAUCACAUCGUUCAUCUGGCGCCCAAUGUGAAGGACGCGACGGAGAACUUGACGAAGCUUGGGUUCAACGUCCUCCCAGGCGGCACCCACGCAGACGGUCUCACCGAGAACGCGCUCAUCUCCUUCCCCGACGGCACCUACGUCGAGCUCAUCUCCUUCACCCACGACCCCUCGUACUAUCCCCCAGGCUCCCCCGAGCGCGCCGCGCGCGAGGCCCACCGCUGGGCCAACAAGUCUUCCGGCUGGAUCGACUACGCCUUCCUCGGGAACGGCGUCUUGGACCCACCGAAUCGCAUCUCCGAUCUCGUCAACGCGCGCGCGACGGCUCAUGGAGGAGAGCCGAUAUAUAAGGCGGAGGUCCCUGGAGGAAGGUUGAGGCCCGAUGGCGUGCGGCUGGACUGGGUGAUCACGGCGGGGGAGGAGGAAGGCGUUCUGGGCUUGAUCCCGUUCUUUUGUGGGGAUGUGACGGAGAGGAGGUUGAGGGUACCUUCGUCUGCGAACGAUACCACGCACCCUUUUGGCGCGCAGGGCGUCACGGCCGUCCGCAUCCUCGUCAGCGAGGAGGAUUUGCCGAAGAGGAAGCAGCAAGUGGCCGACAUCGUUGGCGCUGAGGCCCUUCAGUCGACCGAGCGCUCCGCCCACUUCCCCCUAGCCAAAAACGCCGACAAUGGGGUCAAGGGCUCGCUGAUUCUCAGUGUUCCCCAGGACGACGAGGAGCGCGAAUACCUCAGGACGCAUGGCUCGGCGCUGUAUGAGCUGCAUGUCAAGGCUGGCGGGGACCAGGAUGGUGUUGUGAAGACGCCGUUUGGGCGAAUUGUAUUUGAGUGAACCCUGUAUUACCCUGUAGAUCAGUCAACGCCCAAAGAAAGAGGAAGUGAAAGUAAGCCCUGACACAUGAUAAUUUGGUACAACUGAAGCGCACGUCGUUCUCGCGCUCGAAAGUUAGAAAGAAGUGUUCAAGCGGAUGUAGGGUCCUGACCUGGGAUUGGUUGAAUAGAGCUUCGGUGAUUGAUGGUCGGGGCAGACGUCGCACAAGUAGUAAACAGUAUACCCUAAGCACAAGUAGACAAGGCCUUAUCUGGGCAGAGCCUUCGAA